AUGUUUGUCGUGGGAAAUCUAUACGCCAUCACGGCGGUGUCCGUCAUUGGCGGUGCACUGUUCGGUUUCGAUAUCUCGUCCAUGUCCGCUAUUAUCGGCACGCCGGCCUAUAAGUGUUAUUUCAAUCACGGUCCUCGGGGCCCUCCAUUCAACGACGACGACAUAUGUAGUGGUCUCAGCUCCCUGGCUCAGGGUGGUGUUACCGCUGCCAUGCCCGGCGGUUCUUGGCUCGGUGCUCUUAUCUCUGGUUUCAUUUCGGAUCGUCUUGGUCGCAAGUAUGCUAUUAUGGUUGGUUGUGUCAUUUGGGUUAUUGGCUCCGUUAUUGUCUGCGCUUCGCAGAACAUGGGUAUGCUUAUUGCUGGACGUGUCAUCAACGGUCUCAGUGUCGGAAUUGAGUCCGCUCAGGUUCCUGUCUAUAUCUCGGAGCUUGCUCCUCCCUCCAAGCGUGGUCGUCUCGUCGGCUCCCAGCAGUGGGCCAUCACCUGGGGUAUUUUGAUCAUGUACUAUAUCUCCUUCGGUUGCUCGUUCAUCGGACAUGGCAACAACUCCACCUCCCACAACUACAGCGAGUCUGUCUUCCGUAUCCCCUGGGGUGUGCAGGCCGUCCCCGCCGUCCUCCUCUUCUUCGGAAUGAUGAUCCUCCCCGAGUCCCCUCGCUGGUUGGCCCGCAAGGACCGCUGGGAGGAGUGCCAGUCGGUGCUAGCCCUAGUCCACGGCAAGGGUGACAUGAACAGCCCCUUCGUUCUGGCCGAGAUGCAAGAGAUCCGCGACAUUUGCGAGUUCGAGCGCGAGAACAAGGAUGUCACCUACUUAGAACUGUUCAAGCCCCGGAUGAUCCACCGCACCUUGACCGGAAUCUGGACGCAAAUCUGGUCCCAACUGACCGGUAUGAACGUCAUGAUGUACUACAUCACAUACGUCUUCACCAUGGCCGGAUACAAGGGCGAUGCCACCCUCCUCGCUUCCUCCAUCCAGUACAUCAUCAACGUGGUCAUGACCGUGCCCGCUCUGAUCUGGGUUGACCGUUGGGGCCGUCGUCCUACUCUCCUUAUCGGCGCUAUCCUCAUGAUGACCUGGAUGUUCGCCAACGCGGGUAUCAUGGCCAAGUACGGUGUGAUUGUGCCCGGCGGUAUUGACGGUGUGGCCGAGGCGUCAAUGCUUCUCAGUGGCGCCCCUGCCAAGGGACUGAUUGCAUGCACGUACCUGUUCGUGGCGUCGUACGCCCCGACCUGGGGUCCCGUGUCGUGGGUGUACCCUCCCGAGCUGUACCCUCUGCGCGUGCGUGGUAAGGCCGUUGCUUUGGCAACCUCUUUCAACUGGGCAUUCAACACGGCGCUUGGUCUGUUCGUGCCCACUGCCUUCGCCACCAUCCGCUGGCAGACUUAUAUCAUCUUCGGUGUUUUCUUGGUCGCCAUGACCAUUCACGUCUUCUUCUUGUUCCCUGAGACUGCUGGUAAGACUCUGGAGGAAACUGAGCAGAUCUUCGAGGAUCCCAACGGUAUCCCUUACAUCGGUACGCCGGCCUGGAAGACUACCCACGAUACUAAGCGCACUAUCGCUGCUGAGUCGGGUGAUGUUGAGAUUCUUGGUGAGAAGCUGGCUGGUGCUGAGAAGCGUGCUGCUGCCCACACUGAGGUUGUCGAUGCAUAG